GAGACCAGCGAAACUCCCGAAUAACCUCUGAGCGCGAAUCGACUGAUUGGAGCGGGGACACAUAUGGCCAAACGAGCGUUGGCGUAGACAUGCUAACAUGCUAACAUGCUAACUCCACGCAGGAAGAUUGGAACCCGAACCCCAGCAGUUUCUGCGCAUGCGCUGUAUCCUUCCGGAAGUAGGAGGUGCCUCCCGCAGGAAGACGCGCACGCACGCACGCACGCACGCCGAGGAGAAGGACGCGCGCGCAGGGAGGCCAGGAUGUUGGACUGCUCCUAAACGUCCUCUCCUCCUCCAUUUUCCCUCUUCCUCCUCUUCCUCCUCUUCCUCCUCCAUGAUGGCGUCGGGCGCGGCGAUGCUCGGCCGCCUCGUGCGCGCGUGCACCUUGUCUCUGCUGCUGCUCGGCGUGCCCGCGGCGCGCGCGUCCUACCAGCCUCAGGGCGGAGAGUGCAACGGGAAAACGUGCGCAGGCGUGCUGGAGAAGAAGAGCGACCUCCGGGUGUGCGACCCAUCCACGUGCCGCUUCGGAGGCGUGUGCAGAGACGACCAAUCGCAACUCAAGUGCGUUUGUCAGUUCCAGUGCCACAAGAACUACGUGCCGGUGUGCGGCUCCAACGGGGACACGUACCAGAACGAGUGCUACCGGCGCCAAGCGUCCUGCAAGCAGCAGCGGGUCAUCGCCAGGGUGGCGCACGGACCUUGUUCUGACGAUCCCGGCUCGGGUUCAGGACAGCCGGACGAUGAAGAAGAAGGUUCUGCUUCUGAUGUGAUCAAGAAGUUGGGCAAGUGCAGCACCUGCAAAUACGGAGCAGAAUGUGACGAGGACGCAGAAGACGUAUGGUGCAUCUGCAACAUCGACUGCAGCGGCCACAACGAGAACGCCGUGUGCGCCACGGACGGCAACUCGUACAACAGUCCGUGUUUGGUGCGAGAGGCGUCCUGCAUGAAGCAGGAGCAGAUCGACGUGGAGCACCUGGGCAGGUGUCGAGCCGACAAAGACAAAAUUGGCAGGAAGGACGACGGAAGCCCUUUCAAAGUCAACGUCCUCGAAACCAAAGGACUGGAGCACGGAGACGGAUUCUACGCCGGAACGCCCAACACAUGCGGCGACUCGCACCCGGGAUUUUGUCUGCAUGGACGCUGUGAAGUCCACUACAACAUGCCCACCUGCAGGUGCGAGUCGGGCUACAAAGGCGUCCGCUGCGACGAGCUUCAGGACUUCAACGUGCUCUACGUGGUCCCCAGUGGCCAGAAGCUGCAUUACGUCCUGAUCGCCUCCGUCAUCGGCGCCGUGCAGAUCGCCGUCAUCGUCGCCGUCGUCAUGUGCAUCACCAGGAAAUGCCCAAAGAACAACCGCGGUCGUCGACAAAAACACAACGUGGGACAUUUUUCUGCAGACACUAACUCUCGGAUGGUAUAGCCUCCUCGUCCUUUUUCUUCUUCUUCUUGCUUUUUUUCUUCUUUUUUUCUCGGAAACGCGUCAAAGGAGAAGAAGAAGACGAGUGUCUGUUGCCUUAUUUCUUCUUUUUUGCUGUGCGGACGCGCUCGGCGUUUUUGCGGCACGUUGGCGGGCUCCUGCGCUCGCAUUUUGGAGCUGCGGGGAACGAGGACGACCAAAUGAAAGACUCUCAAUCCUGAUAUGAUGUUUUUUAAUUCUUAUCAUAAUGAUGAUGACUAAUUUCUGAUUGUCGUAACGUCAAAGUAUUUGUCGUGCGGUUCUUCUGUUGGACUCGAGUUGGCAUGGCAACCGCUGUAAAAUGUUUCGUGUGUUGCGCAAACACGUCAACGUCAGCUUUAAUUUCAAUUUGAUUCGAUUUGUUACACCCGUUUACGUUCCUCUUGUCUGAUUGGAAUUUAUUUUGAAGGCUGUUACAGGAAGUGUCAGCCAUCUUCUUUUCUUGGAAUGUUUCGAGCAGGCGUUCUCAAACGUUUUGGGUCGACGGAAGAAAUAUUCCUCCCGUAAUCUACCAAUUAAACCUAAUGAGCGCACGUAGCCCGAAAUGUCAUUGCAAUGAAAAAGUUUCCUAUUUUCCAGAAAACAAGUGGGUCGGUCCGAAAAUGAAGUUUUUAGGGGGAACAAAGGUGAUAUUUGCGAGAACAAAGCCGCACAGUGGCGCCUUGAGAAACUUGGCAACAUUCGGCUACUAUCAAUUCACAUUGGUUUCCUUGCAGUGGAAGGCAAAUAUCAAUUGGGGGCGCUAUUGCACUGUGAAGAUGGUAUGCCACUAGAAAAAGGAAGGACAAAACAUUAGGUAUAGUCGUAUUUUGUGCUCACGUUUUCUGCGUUUGCAGGUUUUGUGGAGAGCAACUUUUCUUAGUGUGUUUUUAUACACUACAGUUGUGUUGAGUGCAAAUGUUCUUACGUUAAAUGUCCCGUAUUUUGGCUAGUUGGACCUGCAUAGAGUGACUCUCUCACAACGGACGUAGUAUAAAAGUGUCAAUUUCAUUUGUGUCCAGAAAAGGCCCCUCUGACAGCUGCUUCUGUUUGAGCCACUUUUGUAUCCGCUUAGUCCAUAUUUGGCGAAGACCGCCCCCUUGUCUUCUGAUUGGUCGCCUGCGUGGAGAAGACCCACACGCGUUUGUUAUGUCGACAGCUCUGGCUCGGCAGCGGAGAGGUAGGCGGAGCUCGUCGCUAGUGACGUAGAUAAGCAUGAGAAAUUCCAAUGAGCUGAUUUCAGGCCUCUCAGCACAGGAAUGGAAUGGAAAUCAGGAAUGCAGGUACCGUUUGAAUUCAUUUCAUUCAUUUGCUGAGGCACCACAGAGACAAUAUUACAUCGCAAAUACUAGAAAAAGUUGGUCAAAUACUGUAUGUCCACUUAAAACAAGUUUUUGGGGUUCUGUAACGGAUUAAUUGCAUUUUCGUCGUAUUUUAUUAACAGCUGAAUUCAAAAACACAACUUUAUUCUCCUAAUAUUCUACCCUUUACUCUGAAAAAGAGGCUUUUAGAACUAUAUUUUUUAAAAAGUUGGGGAGGUCAGAUUUAUGUACGUGACAAUACGUCACAAUCAUAGCAGAGCUUUUGAUUGGCCGAAGCUUCAGUAGGGAGGACUACUGGUUUUAUUAUUUUGGGUUUAUUUAAAUACAGCACUAAAAUUAAAUAUGAAAUAUUCUCAAGACCCUUGGGGGUCCGGGGAUCGCAGUUUGAGAACCGCUGGUUUAGAUGACGCUAUGAGAUCUUUUUUUUUUUUUUUUUUUUUUCCUGGUGGAUUUUUUUCAAGGAAAGCAAAAUACUUCCAAGCACUCAUCUUAAAAGUAUUUAAAUGUUUUUUUCUUUUAUCUUGUUUUUUGAACGGUGAAAACUUUACAAAAGGUGAAAUGUGGGACAUUUUGUCGCAAAGAAAGCAAAGUGAAUGUGGCGACGGCGAGGACGUCAGUGAAGCAGCUAAGCUAAGCAGGCUAAUGUGCUAGCCCAAGUUGCUAAGCUGGCUAACAACAAACAACAUUCGGGGUCAUUACUAAAACAAAAACAUUUGGGAUUGUGCGCUACGCGUAAGUCACAAUAUGUUACUACGCUACACUACGUAUGUUACAUUAUGUACGUUAUGUUACAUAACGUACGUUACCUACAUUAUGUUAAGUAUGUUACGUUGUAUAUGUUACGCACGUUACAUUACGCAUGUUACGUAUGUUAGAUCGCAUACAUUACGUUAUGCACAUUAUGUUACGUACGUUAACAAAAACGUGAAGCUAGAGGUUACUGCUAGCUGGGUAUAAAAACACAUUUUCACUUGCUUUAUUUUGGGUAGCGUGGUCAAGCUAACAAGGCUAACCAACCGCAAACACAAAGAAACACGUCCACACACACACAAACAGACAGACACACAUGCACACGUACACGCAGAACCAGAUAGACAGACACACAGGCGCGCGCACACACACGCACACACACAGACAGAUGUACACAUUCAGAAAGUACAGAAACACACACACAUAGACACGUGCACAUACAGAAACAAAACACACAUGUGCAGACACACAAAAACACACAUGCAUGUUGACACCCAGAGGCAUGUGCGUACAUACAAAAACAGACACACAAAAAAACACAAAUGCACACAGAAACACACGUAUGUUGACACACACACGUGCACACGUGCAGACUGAUACAGACAUGCACAGAAACACACAUAGAUGUGCGCACAUACAGAAAAACACAAGCACAGACUAACACACAAACAGACACACACGUGUGUGCAGUUACAGACAGACAUACACAAACUUUUGAGUCCUCCAUUUUACUCUCAGGUCGUUAGCGCUUAGCAAGCUAGCUACCUUUUUUUUUUUUUUUUUUUUUGACCAGACAAAUGUUUUCAAGUUGCUUUUUUAGCGACGUCAUCGAGAGCCAAAGUGACAAUCGUCAUCAAACAUUUGUCGGUUAUUAAAUUAUUUGCGGUUGGAAAAGAAACAGUGGUCGUCGUCAUGUUGUGUCGUGUUUGUUAGCUUAGCAUGUAGCGUAGCAGCGGUAAGGGGGCGGGGUCCAGACAGACGUGAUGAGUCGGCAAACUUUUUGCCAAGUUGAUUUUUUGGGGGAUUGACACCAGCAAAAAAAAAAAAAAACAAAAAAAAACAAACAAACGUCCUAAAAGCGGCCCCCUCCUUCCCUGAACGUUUGUCUUGUCGUGAUUGGUCGUCUUAACGUGACCUCAAUGUGUUGUCGUGCAUGAAAACUUUCAAUAAAAACUCACGUUCACUUUUUCAACAAAAA